UUUCUUGUCUGCAACUCACAUGGAGUGGAGUCGACGCCAAGCUUGGCACUUUCUCUCCCUCUCAGUUUCCGCGAUAUAAAAAAAAUCCCUUUUUUGGAGCAAUCUCUUGGUUAUUGGCAUUGUAGAAAUUCCCAACAGGUCGCGUGCCGGACUUCUAACGGAAGAACAGGAAACCUCUAUCGCAAUACUCUGGGGACUUGGAAAGUGAGAGCAAAUCUGUGGAUUUUGAUUGCUCCUGUUUCCUUAUCGACGAUGAUUUUUUGUUAGGAGGAAGAGAGGAGGGAUAUGAGCGGAGAGCUUCUGUGGAAUUCGUACGGCAUUAAUUAAGUGAUGGCUGCCAUUGCAGCGGCUGCAUCAUCAUCAGGGAUGAGCGAGUCUGUGUUCAGAGUCGAAACUACGCCCCGGCUGGCCCAAUGGCGGAUCGAAACUCUCUCGAAUUUCUCCUUCCGCAAGUCCGAUCCCUUCAAGAUCGGCCUUUGGAAUUGGUACUUAACUGUGGAAAGGAACAAACAACUUGUUGUGAAACUAUAUCCCGAACCAUCAACUAUGACGAAAGAGCAUCCCCCAAUUGCCUCCUUCAUCAUCAAACUUGUCUCCUGCUCUGCUCCUAAUCUCAAAAGCGUUGUUCAUCCAGGAGUAUGCGACAAACAACUGAAGAAUAGUGAUGAUUUUGUUUGGGCAAUUGAUAUAUUUUUUACUGGAAAAUUUAUAAUUGAUGUGGAGUUCCUUGAUCUUAAGACAGUGCCUCAAUCUGGUGGGGAUCCUUCAUCCAUCUGGUCUUGUUAUCACAUCGAAAAGAAUUCCCUUCCUAUUGCUCUCAAUUCCCUUCGCCGAAUGCUAACCGAGGGCAUUCACACCGAUAUCACCAUAAACACCUGCAAUGGCUCCAUUGCUGCCCACCGAGCUGUUCUUGCCACAAGGUCCCCUGUCUUCCAGAGCAUGUUCUCUCACAGCCUCAAGGAGAAAGAGCUUUCUGUAGUGAAUAUUUCCGAUAUGUCCAUUGAGGCAUUUCAGGUCUUGCUUAACUACAUAUAUGGAAACUUCAAUGCAGACGAGUUUCAAACUCAUCGGCUUGCACUCCUUACGGCUUCAGAUAAGUAUGACAUUGCAGACCUGAAGGAGGUUUGCCAUGAGAGCCUUUUAGAAGAUAUUGAUGCCAAGAAUGUUCUUGAGAGACUCCAUAUAGCACAUCUCCAUAGGCUUCAAAGUCUGAAGACUGGUUGUUUGAAAUAUCUGGUGAACUUUGGGAAGAUUUAUGAAAUUCGUGAUGAGUUGAAUGAGUUUCUUCAGGGAUCAGAUAGAGAGCUUAUAAUUGAGAUCUUUCAAGAAAUUCUAGCUGCGUGGAAGGGCUUUUAGUAGGAUCUUCCGUGUGAAUGACUUCUAACUGGUUGCUGAACUUUAGUGGUGCUGAGGUAACUUUU